AUGGAAUUUUUGUUUCUUGAUUGGGUAGGAAACACCACUUGGUCCCUUUGCCGGUUGCCAAUGUUCCAGCUGACAGCCACCCCGGCAAGUGCCCUCGCGGAUGAGCCCGUGCACAUCCGAGUGACAGGCCUGCCUCCACUGCAGACGGUGACACUCAUGGCAUCUAUGAAGGAUGAGAAGGGGAAUCUGUACCAGUCCAGAGCCUUCUACAGGGCCAACAAGGCUGGUGAGCUGGACCUGAAGCAGGCUCCUGCCUUGGGGGGCCACUAUGUGGGGGUCCACCCUAUGGGCCUCUUCUGGUCUCUGAAGCCUGAGAAGGCUUUUGAGAGGCAGAUUAAGAAAGAUGUGAUGAACAGCCCCUUUUGGAUCACUCUGGACCUAUAUGACUCCGUUUAUUUACAAAAGUCAGGGGAGGUUCAGCCCAGGGCCAGCCAGGUGGUGCAGCGUUGGUUCUCCAGCCCUCAGAUGCAGCGGGUGCAGGUCCAAGAAGGUCGUGUGCGAGGAGCCCUUUUCCUCCCUCCAGGGGAAGGCCCUUUCCCAGGACUCAUUGAUUUGUUUGGGGGCAUUGGGGGUCUAGUUGAAUAUCGGGCCAGUCUUCUGGCUGCCCAUGGCUUUGCAGUGCUGGCUUUAGCAUAUUUUGCCUACGCAGACCUGCCCAAGCAGUUGCAGGAGGUGGACCUGGAAUAUUUUGAGGAAGCUGCCAACUUGCUACUAGCUCAUCCCAAGAUCCAAAAGCCAGGAAUUGGAGUGAUCUCUGUGAGCAAAGGUGCAGAGAUCGGGCUGGCCAUGGCCUGCUACCUGAAGGAGGUGGCAGCCACUGUCUGCAUCAACGGGUGCAAUGCCAUCUUUGAAUUUCCGCUCAGGUACCGGGAUCUGGUUAUAACACCCAUCCCCUCGUUUCCGGAGCGCAUGGAGUUCAACAUCAUGGGCGCUUUGUGCCUCCGUCACUACAAGGGGAACCCCCGAGAUGCACUGAAUCAACACAGUGUGCUUCCUAUUGAAAAGGCCCAGGGUCCGAUCCUCUUCAUUAUAGGGGAGGAUGACGAAUGCUUCAAUAGCAGAGAGUACGCUGAGCAAGCCCUGGACCAGCUGCGGAGGCACGGCAGAAGCAGCGGAAGGAUGCUGCUCUACCCCGGGGCGGGCCACCUCAUAGAGCCGCCCUAUUUGCCCCUGUGCUAUGCGUCCUGGAGUCGCGGCCUCUUCAGCCCCCUGCUCUGGGGGGGUGACCCUGUGGGCCACGCGGCAGCCCAGGAGCACGCCUGGGGAGAGAUCCAGAAAUUCUUCAGGCAACACCUUGUUCAGAGCAGAAGCACACUCUAA